GUUGUAGUUGCAAUUAUUAUUAGUCUAGUACCUACUUUAGUCUGACAAUUGUAUGCUUAUAUAACAAUUGCUAUUUCCUAAUACUUAUUGAACCUUCAUAAUAUAAUUAAUAGGUUAUAGACAUUUUCAAAUAUACAUUUUUUUUAAACAUGGACUCUCAACAAAAAAAAUCAGAUGUCAUCAAGAACAGAAAACGGCCUGUCAAUGAUGUUGCUGUAAGCCAUGUUGGCUUAUGUAACAAAGAACUGGAGAAUAAUAUUGGAACUAACAAACUUAGUAGUCAAUUAUCAUUUGAUGGUACUGUAUUGCAAAACGUUAAAAAGCAAAAGGUUGAAAAUGGUACAAAACAUAAAGCUACUGUGCAUAUUUCUAAUGCAGUAACACCAAUAACUACUAAUAAUAUUUUAGGUGAAAAAGAAAAAAUAUAUGAUGUUAACUCAGAUAAGGCUAUAACUCCUGAACAAUCACCAUCUACCAAGGCCAAAUUACGACAAAUUUUGGAUUUGGGUGAAUUUCAUAAAAUUAUUUGUCCUAAUAAGCAGAACAUUAAAGAACUUCAAGAAAAGCUUAAUUUGGUAGAACAAUGUCAAAAGAAUCUUAAUUUUAUGGAAUAUAAAGUUGAAGCUAUUAAAUAUCAUUGUUUGCCUUUACUUGAAUCAGAUGACUUCAAGAUUAGCACUAAUCCAGUAAAAUAUUCUCACCUAAAACCUACCUCAUUAUUUCCUAGUCCUAGAAGAGUAAUGAUGGACAUUCAACCAAAACUUACUAAAAUAUUUCCUGAUGAUAUUGAGUGUAUUAUGACUAUUUCGUCUAUUAAACAGUAUUCUGCAUUAGCAGAUUCUAAAGCAUUACCUUUGCCAUUGAAGUAUCGAAUUUUGAAUGAAUUGUUUAAAGUUAUGGAAACUGUAUUAUCCAUGAAAUUUUUAAGAAAAGAAAAAAUAACAUUUUAUAAUCUCAAACUAAAUAUUCAACAAAUAACUAGAAAGAAUUUUACAGAAUUACAUUUGGCUCAAAUUAAAACUAUAGUUCCCGACUUCUUCAAGUUUUACUUGGUGAAAUCACUAAAACAUAAUUUUAGUAUUGAUUUAGUAAUAGCUCCAGUUUAUGGUUUGGCAAAUAAAGAUAACAUUGACUUAACAAAAAUAACAAGGCAGAGAAAAAAAACAUUUUUUAAUGCAUUAAUGGACAUUAUGAAAAAACACCAUGCAGAAUAUUUGAAUAAAUUAAUUCCUCCUAUCGUAAUUGAUAAAGAUAAAAUUACCAGAUGGCAUCCUGAAUUUGAUGUUGAAUCUGUGCCAAAUAUCAAUCUAUCACUAUUGCCUAAGAUUGAAAUUGGCAAAUCAAAAAUAUCAACUGCUAAAGAUAUUUUGGAACAAACACAUGCAUUGUUUAUUUACAAUAAUUAUUUAAAUCAAACUCCUACUACAAUAACAAAUAAAAUUAACAAUUUAACUAAAAUAACAUUACCUACAAAAGAUACACUUAACGGCAUUCCUAAAUCAUUUUUAAUUAAGAUCAGAUCUAAGCAAAUCAAAAAAACUAAUGAAAUAAUGAGGUCAUUAAGUCAAUUAAAUAAAGAUAAAAUGAUGAUCAGAUUACCAGAUAUUGCUCGUAGAAUACGGACUUAUUUUGUACAACUUCAAAGAAAUGUCUUGCCACUAAGCAAAGUUAUUGACCAAUUAAAACAAAGUUAUCCUGAAACUAUGACAGACCAUGAUUGGAAAACUCACUUAAAUCUUCUUCAAGAAAAAGUACCCCACUGGGCUGUAUUAAAAAUAUUAGAUGGAAGUGAAUACAUUCGAAUUGAUAAGAAAAUUAAUUUUGAAGAAUGUGUAAUAAAAAAAUUAAAAAAUAAAUUUUAA